CAUUAAUAAUGUCGAUUAUAAGCGUUUUUACUGUGUACCGCCGGAAGUACGUGGCUUUUAUUUUUGUAGGCACGUUUCUGUACUUCCGGUUUACGUCGCUAGAUGCUACAGAUGCGACAUCCAAAAUACAGCCAACUCCUUUUGGGAAACUUCACAGUUGUGCAGAACAUAUCUCGUCAUUGGCUGAAAACCAGAGCUGAGUGUGUGAGCAAAGGCCGAGGAACUGAUGAGGACUUACUAAUGGAAAUGGAUGAUAAUGACCUACAGACGUCUUGCUGUGCUACAAGAUGGUCACAGCAACUGUCGGGCCUUCCACACAAGCUCCUGCAGCGCCUGAUGCCUUUCCAACGCGAGGGAGUGGAGUUUGCUUUGUCUAAGGAUGGACGAUGUAUGAUUGCUGAUGAGAUGGGUCUUGGGAAGACGGUGCAGGCCAUCGCGGUGGCAUACGCCUUCAGGAAGGAGUGGCCCCUCCUGGUGGUGGUGCCCUCGUCCCUGAAGUAUCCCUGGAUCGAGGAGCUGGAGAGGUGGAUCCCCGAGCUGCAGCCCGGAGACAUCAACCUGGUGGAGAACAAGAGUCACACCAUGGGCAUCAGCAGCAGUAAGGUGACCGUGCUGGGUUACGGCCUGCUCACCACAGACGCACGCCCCCUGGUGGAGGCUCUGAGCAGGCAGCGUUUCGCCGUUGUGGUGGUCGAUGAGUCGCACUACCUCAAAUCCAGGAACGCAGCGCGGACCAAGAUUCUGGUGCCGCUCAUUCAGCGCGCCAACAGGGCCAUCCUGCUCACCGGCACCCCUGCACUCGGACGGCCUGAGGAGCUUUUCAUGCAGAUUGAUGCCCUCUACCCCAAGAAGUUUGGAACCUGGACUGAGUACGCCAAGAAACACUGUAAUGCCCAUUACAGGUACUUUGGGUCUCGACGGCAGUGGGACUGUCGCGGAGCGUCCAACCUGAAGGAGCUGCACCAGCGGCUGAGCGGGAUCAUGAUCCGGCGCCUCAAGGCCGAUGUGCUGACUCAGCUGCCGCCCAAAAUCCGCCAGCGUAUCCCCUUUGACCUGCCGAAGGAGGCCGCAAAGGAGGCCUCAGCCAGCUUCGCCGAGUGGGAGAGGCUGAUGAAGGGACUGAGGUCGGGAGCCCUCGCCAUGGACAACCCCUUCACUCAGGUCAUGGGCCUGGUCACACAGAUGUACAAGCAAACCGCCAUUGCCAAGGCAGGAGCAGUGAAGGACUACAUUAAGAUGAUGCUGGAGGCAGAGCAGCUGAAGUUCCUGGUGUUCGCCCACCACCUCACCAUGCUGCAGGCCUGCACCGAGGCCGUCAUCGAGGCCAAGGUUGGUUAUAUCCGAAUAGACGGAAGUGUCCCGUCCUCUGAGCGAAUGCAGUUGGUCAACAAAUUCCAGAAUGACCCCGAGACACGAGUGGCUGUCCUCAGCAUCCAGGCAGCCGGUCAGGGUUUGACCCUCACCGCUGCCAGCCACGUGGUGUUUGCUGAGCUCUACUGGAACCCGGGCCACAUUAAGCAGGCUGAAGAUCGUGCCCACCGCAUCGGACAAACGUCCUCGGUCAACGUGCACUACCUCAUCGCCAAGGGCACCUUCGACACCGUCAUGUGGUCCAUGCUCAACAGGAAGGAAACGGUGACGGGCAGAACCCUGAACGGCAGGAAGGAGUACCUGAAUGCCGACAAGGGCGACAAGGACAAGUGGGAGUUCCUCAACUUUGCCGACGCGUGGACGCCGAGCGAGCGGGCGCUGCCGCUGGAGGGGAACUCAGGAAAUGUCAAAGAGGACUUGUUCUUCACUCAUUUUGAAAAAGAGAAGCAGCACGACAUUCGCGCCUUCUUCUCCCCGAGCGGCGGCAAAGAGAAGAAGAGGAAGAGAACAGAAGAUGAAGGAACAUCUCCUCGCAUCCCCUCGGAGACGAGCGGCGCCGGAACGAACCCGGAGAGAGGACAGGAAGUGAAAGAAAAGCUCUGCUCGCAAACUCCAGACGCGGCCGACGUGGACUUCUCGCCUCAGGUGAAGAGGCUCCGGACGCCGCAGCCGAGCCCGAGCCCCAGGUCUCGAUUUGACGGGAAGAGGAGGUCGAUGGGCUCCAGCAACAGCCCCAGUGCGGUGUCCAUUAUCGCCCCGAGGACGCUCGCCAAGCCAGACCGCCGCAAUGCUGAGCCGUGGAGCUGCGGGGCCUGCACCUACUCCAACAGCAGCCUGUUGCCUUACUGCGAGAUGUGUGAAUUCCCGCGCUCGCCUUCUGCUGCCAUAUCAGAGCCACCCAGGCCUCGGCAACCCCCCUCCUCAUCAGAGCCGGACCGGGCAUGCGUCGUCCUCUCCAGCUCCGACAGCGAGCCAGAGCUCAGCCGGGGAAAAGCCCACCAGCAUCCGAAGUCGCGCAAAGACAAACAGAGCGAGCAGGAGGAGGAGGAGGAGGAGGAGGAGGAGGAGGAGGAGGAGGAGAGGGAAGACAAACAGAAACUGGGAGAAGCAGAGGAGGAGGACGACAAGCAGCAGCUCAAAGGCAAACAAUCAGCAGGAGAGCAAGGCGACAAUGGCGCCGGCGCUGGCGGCCGCCUCCCCCCUGACCACACACAGGACCGGAGAGCUGCGGAUGCAAAUGACGAUGAUGAGGGCAAUGAUGGAGAAGAAGCCAGCGCCGCCCAUCCCAUCUACCCGGGCCUGCAGUUCUGCGCCAGCCAGUACACAGACCGAAUAUAUCUGUACUCAAAGGACGCAACGCCGCUGAACUUGAGCUUCGUCCCUCUGGACAUCAAACUAACCAACUGGGACGACCUGCCGGAGGCCUUCAGCCGGCGUCGGGAAAAUCGAAUACAGGUCCUGAGGUUCGUUCAGGAGUGGAGCAGCCUGGCAGCCAUGAAGCAGAAACUGCUCCGACGCAGCGGCCUCCUCUUCCACAGCCCAACUCUUGGCCUGCAGCAGCUGGCCGCCGCCCAGCGCCCUCACUCGAGCACCAAGAGGUACCUCAGUAAGGACGAUGUGGCUGAGGCCUCUCUGGACAAGGCCCAGCAGGAGGGGGGCAGCGUGCGACUGGUCACCAAGGAAAACUUCUUUGCAAAGAGGAGAUCUGUCGCGUCUGCGACACCACCUGCUUCAGAGAGGCAGGACGAGGCAGUGGAAGAGCAGCCGCCGUCAGAGUCCGGCUUCCUGCAGGCAGUGGACAGUGAGGGUGUCCCUCUGUGUCUGUCCUGCCAAAAGGCCUGCUCUACCACCGGCGGGGCCUGGGACACUAGAUUCUGCAGCCACAGGUGCCAGGAGGAGUUCCAGUUGCGCUCCAGCCAGACCUACAUGCGCGCGAGGGUGCUGGAGGUCGAGCAGGGUAUCUGUCAGCAAUGCGGCCUCUGCGCCCACGACCUGUUCCUGAAGAUCCGCGACGCCCCGCCCUCCCAGCGCAAGGACAUGCUGGAGAACACUUGGCUCGCCCAGUUGACACUCAAACAGCUGAACGAGAUGAUCCGCGCUCCGGUCGAAGGGGAUUUCUGGCAGGUGGACCACAUCCGCCCGGUCUACGGCGGAGGAGGACAGUGCUCUCUGGACAACCUGCAGACGCUGUGCACCGUCUGCCACAAAGCCAGGACGGCGCAGCAAGCCAAAGAGCGGAGCCAGAUGAGGAAGAGUGCUGCAGCCGCCAAGGUUGCGUCAGAUAUCAGCAGGUUCUUCAUCAGGAAAUGAGACAGAGGUUAGGAAGGGUCAGGGAUCAGGGUAAAAAAAAAACAAAAAAAAAACGUAGCAUCAUGAUUACUCACUGUCAAAAACUCACAUUCACAUAUUAGAAACGCCGUUCAAUCUGCACGAGAAGGAUCAAAUGUGCAGAAAUCUCUCCCCCUCCGAUGACAUCAUGGGAAACCUGCAUCAUCCCCGUUGCAGAUAUACUUUUCUUUUCUUUUCUUACAUAGAUUUUUAUUGAUUUUUUCACCAUUACAAAGAUCAUUUAACACCCUUAGUGCUCUGACAUUCACAGCUGUAACAAUAGGAAUACAUAGAAUAAAAAAUUACAAAUUAAAUUAAAUCAGGAGCAGAAAGAAAAAACCAACACAAAACAAGAAAAACUGACACUUUACUUUUAAAAAAACAGCGACCGCUGCAUCAAAUGCAAAUUCAGCCCCCCCCCCCUCCUUUUCUCGUCCCCGAAACGUCACAAGUGCGGGUAGUUAUGAUUUAUGACGCUCCCCUUUUUCGCUGGAGGCUGAAAUGGAGCAGGUUGUUUUUGGAGAGAGUUGCGGCUAUUUUGAGAUUUUUGCAAACUUAGUGAAACGUAGCAGGUGAGAGAAAGAAUUAGGGAGCUUUGUGAUUGAACUCCUCAUUGGUCGCCCCUCAACAAGUGGAGGAUUGUAAAUCUUCCUUCUUGGAAGAUUGGAUGAACGCUCCAUGGUGAAAUAAAAAAAAACCUAUUUUCA